CAUAUGCAUGAACGCCCGGUGGGGCGGGCCCUGGGGAGGGCUGAGCGGAAUAAAAUACCCCCCCCCGCACCCCUCACCACCCCCCCCGUUACGCUGCCUUGCUCUGGUCACCAUCAGCUGCGGAGCCGGUGCUGGGGCAGCAUCUCCCGGGUGUAGCUACGUAUCCAGCGCGCCCCCCCACCCCGCCGCCGCCAGCCCCCCAGCUCCUUCCUCCGCCAGGGGAUCUAGGGUUCCUUGCUCCAGCCCCCCCCCAGUUCUGCAUCCCCCCCCCACCACCACCAUGGCUAUCGAGAAGGAGAAGAAAACCUGCGGGCAAGUCAUGGCGGAGUGGCGAGAAGCCAUCUGGAACCCGCGCACCCGCCAAUUUAUGGGGCGCACCGGUAGCAGUUGGGCCAUGAUCCUGUUCUUCUACCUGGUCUUCUACGGCUUUCUCACGGCACUCUUCACGCUCACCAUGUGGGUCAUGCUGCAGACGGUGGACCCCUAUAUCCCCAAGUACCAGGACCGCCUCUCCGUGCCUGGGAUGAUGAUCCGCCCCAAAACAGAUGCCCUGGACGUGACUUUUAACGUCAGCAACACUGAGACCUGGGACCAUCACGUCAAGAUGCUGAAUGACUUCCUGGAGCCCUACAACGACUCCAUCCAGGUGGCCACCAACGAUGCUUGCCGCCCGGGCCGCUACAACGAGCAGCCGGACAAUGGGGUGCUGAAUUACCCCAAGCGGGCCUGCCAGUUCAACCGCACGGCGCUGGGCGCCUGCUCCGGGCUGAACGACCCCACCCACUACGGCUACGCUGACGGCCGGCCCUGCAUCCUCAUCAAGAUGAACCGGGUCAUCAACUUCUUUGCGGGGGCCAACCAGACCAUGAACGUCACCUGUGCUGCGAAGAAAGAGGAGGACGCGCAGAAGCUGGGGGAGAUGGUCAUGUUCCCCCCGAAUGGUCACAUCGACCUCAUGUACUUCCCCUACUAUGGCAAGAAAGUCCAUGUGAACUACACCCAGCCCAUCGUGGCCGUCAAGUUCCUGAGCCUGGAGGUCAACAUGGACCACAACGUGGAGUGUAAAAUCAACGCGGUGAACAUCGCCACCACCGACGAGCGGGACAAGUUCGCCGGCCGCGUGGCCUUCAAGAUCCGGGUCAACAGGGACUGAGCCCCACCUCCCCUCCCUUCCCCCCCCCCACUUUCCUGGGGCUCCACCCCCAAAUGGGCAGGGCUUAAUGGAGGAGGAGGAGCCAAUUUCAUAAGGGGAGGCGCCCCGGUACAUCCUGGGCGGGGCUUGAUGGAGGAGUAGGAGGAGCCUAUUUCAUUGUAGGGGGGGGAACCCCCUGGGAUUUUAUUUUAUUUUGGGGUGGGGGGGUUGCUCUUGAAAUCGUCCUGCUGAAAAUCCUAGGAUGACUAACCUGGCUCUUAGACUGUUUUAGUGACCUUCCCCGUGGUGCACCCCACCCCUCAGUUCUGCCCCCCACCCCGAAACGUGCUGAUUACACUGAAGGGUCUGGUACCACCCUGCACCCCCGCACCCCCAAACCUUUGGAAUGCUACGUCGCUUUGAUCUCUUCUAAUGCCCCUUCUCCCCCCUUUUUUGGGGGGGGCCGCUCAGAGCCUGUGACACCCCCCCCUUUCUCCUGCCCUUUGAAAUCCCAUUGAGAUGUUUCCUAAUAUAAUAAUAAAUGUAUAUAGAUAUUUUUUAUAUAUAUAUAUUAAAAAUUAAGGUACGGCCGAGACCUCUAUUUCCCCCCCCCGUGUACCCCCCCCACCCCGCACACUUCUGCCCACUCCCUGUUUUCCAUCCCCCACCCCCCACACACCCCUACAGUAGACGUUGAGAUUUGGUGCAUUGUCUUGAGCCGGUGGCCAUUUUGUUUCCCUGGCCGAGUAGGUGCCGGGGGUUGAGUUGAGGGAGGUAGGGCGGGAAUUGGAAUGACCCCAGUACCGUGGCCAACCGUACAGCGGCCAUUGUCCUGGUAGGUUAGAAAACAAAAUGGCUGAACUGUGGCGGCCCUAUUGUGGAAUAGCAGCCGUUGUCUGUGUAGACCGGCAAUCAAAAUGGCCGCCAUUCCGUAGCCAACGACAUGGCUGCCAUCGACUGUGUAGACGGGGAAUCAAAAUGGCUGGACAAUAGCUGCGGAAUGUCAGCCAUUUUGACCCCCUGCCCUGGAAAAGAGACGUGGCGGCCAUUGUCUGGGUAGGCCUGGAAUCAAAAUGGCUGCCGUCGGCUGAGGAAAAGUGGCCGUUUUGUUUCUUAGCCUCUGCGGCAAAAAGUCUGGCCAACUUGACUGGGGCACGUGGGCCAGGAAAGACAAAUGGCCGCCAUUUUUGGCCUACGUUUGGCUCUGUGAAGAAACAAAAUGGCCGCUGUAGUCAUAGGCUUGACCUAGCCUCUGAGGAAUGGUCUCCAUUUUGAGUCUUGGUAUUCAUGGUCAAAAUCUUGGCUGUGGAAAGGUGGCCAUCUUGGAUUCCUGGCCUCCGUGGCUAAUGGCUGCCAUGUUGGGCUGUGCAAUGGCGGCCAUCUUGGAUUCCUGGCCUACAGAGCUGAGGCCGCCAUAUUGUGCUGUAACCUUUCUAGCACCUUCUGAGUCGUACCCCGGCUCCCUACCCAUGUGACCCCUUUCCUCAUCUUAGGGUCUGUCUUCCUCUUUUAAUGUACAGUUAUUUUUAAUCUGUCUUUUCGCUUCACACGACAUAUGCACUGAGACAAGACUUGUCCCCCCCCCUUCAGCAUCCUGGGAAAUCCCUUGCGUCCCCUUAACUCUGCCCUUGAAACAGCUGAUGAAACUUUGCCUGUAUUAGAUUCCUGCCUGGUCUCUCGUCUUCUCUGCGGCGGUCUGUAAACCACGAGAGAAACCAUUCCUUUUCAUUUGGAACUGGAAGUAAUUUUUUAAAAAUAAUUAAAUCCCUCUUUUCUCCCAGCCCAUUUUCCUGAUGUUGCAUCCUUGAGAUCGCUGUAUGAAUGAAAUAACUUAACUCCUUUUGCUUUUUAACCUUUUUUUUUUUUAUUAUGCUGGUUUGUUUUUAUUUGCAGAAUUAUUUAAUUGCCUGUAUCGGAUCUACUGUAAAAGAUGAGGAGAAAUAAAAAACAAACCACCCUUAAAAACUA